AUGCCAGCAACUCUCAAGCGUAGGCAUGAUGACGAGCUUGUGGAAGACUCCGAACCCGAGAGGGAGGAAAAAAGGCAGCAGAGGGAGCAAGGACGUCUGGCAAGGAAGAAGAAACGUUUGCGCUUGGAUCUACAGCAGGCAGACCAAGAUUUCAUUGAGCUAACCGACUCGGAACCCUAUCCUCCUGGUCCAUCAACCACUGUAGGCGCUCAGAGUCAAGUCGGCGGGUCCGUCGGCAGUUCCAGCUGCAGUCCACUGACGGAGCUGGCUUCUUCCCCGGAACUUGAAGUCACCGAUGAUGUUGUGGUCGGUGUACCAUCGCUUGCUUCUGGCAUCGCUCCUGACCAACGUAAACAUCGGGUAAAUGCCCCCGAUACCACUCAUGGACCCUAUGAUGCGCAGAAAAAGCUGGGUACGAACUGCCCUUCUACAUGUCCCACCCCACCUCCUAUUGCGACCCUGGAAGUGCCGCUGUCUAGCGAUUCCGAGGGUGAAUCCCGCCUGAAACUGUCUCGCUUUGCUUUCGGAGCGCUUUCCUCUAAAACUAAGGUGACCAACCUUGGAGGUUUAUCGCGUUCAGGUAGUGCUGCCGCAACAGAAACGCUUCGAGAAUCAACCUCUACUACGAAAGCCAGGCUGAAGCGUCCCAAUGUUCACCGCUUCUCCAACGAAUUCUCGGAUACACAACUUGCAUCUCUCACCAACUGCGUCAGUUGCAGCCUGGAGUGGACCUCGGCGAAGAUUGCGAGCCAAAAAAUUGUUCACAUUCAAAAUUGCGCAAAAAAGAAGUGCCUUUCGGAUGAGACAAUUCGAAUUCUUAUACGCAAGGAGAUUCAAUCAUCCUCCGACCAGAACGCUUCUGAGAGGGGUGAACAGAAAACUGCGGAAGGCGAAAAAUCGGCCACUUUCUUGGAAACGGUUGUCGACGAGGUUUCCCGAACAAAGAGAGGCAGACGCCCGCAAGUUCUGGGAACCGUCAAGUCUCUCCCUGAAACUCGCGGUAGUAUACUGGGAAGAGCGCGAGCUGUCCUUGACACUUCUAUGCAGCAUGGAGACUCCGUCGUAGGUGCUCGGGCCCAGGGAGGCAGGAGUGAUGUUCCCUGUACUCAAGCCUUUGGGACCAGCAUGCUUGCUCGUCGAACAGACUCCUAUCCUCUCGCACAGUCGGGUCCACCGCAGACCCAGGCUUUCGGUGAAAGUGCCCUCGGCCAUUUGCAGUCCAACUUAGGCCUCGUUGUAUUACAUGCUCGAACCUCUGGUCUAUAA